UCUCGGAGCCCGGCUCCCGCGGUCGAAGACAGAAAAAUGGCUCAGGAGACUAACCAGACCCCAGGGCCCAUGCUGUGUAGUACAGGAUGUGGCUUUUAUGGGAAUCCUAGGACAAAUGGAAUGUGUUCUGUUUGCUACAAAGAACAUCUUCAGAGGCAGCAGAAUAGUGGCAGAAUGAGCCCAAUGGGGACAGCUAGUGGUUCCAACAGUCCUACCUCAGAUUCUGCAUCUGUACAAAGAGCAGACGCUAGUUUAAACAACUGUGAAGGUGCUGCUGGCAGCACAUCUGAAAAAUCAAGAAAUGUGCCUGUGGCUGCCUUGCCUGUAACUCAGCAAAUGACAGAAAUGAGCAUUUCAAGAGAGGACAAAGUAACUCCCCCGAAAACAGAGGUGUCAGAGCCAGUUGUCACUCAGCCCAGUCCUUCAGUUUCUCAGCCCAGUACUUCUCAAAGUGAAGAAAAAGCUCCUGAGUUGCCCAAACCAAAGAAGAACAGGUGUUUCAUGUGCAGAAAGAAAGUUGGCCUUACAGGGUUUGACUGCCGAUGUGGAAAUUUAUUUUGUGGACUUCACCGUUACUCUGACAAGCACAACUGUCCAUAUGAUUACAAAGCAGAAGCUGCAGCAAAAAUCAGAAAAGAGAAUCCAGUUGUUGUGGCUGAAAAAAUUCAGAGAAUAUAAAUUACUACUUGUGAAGAGACUGAUAAUUUGUUUUUAUUUUAAUAUACCGUAGGAAAACAUUAAAGAGCAGAUGCAUGGCCAUUU